AUGCAUUCAGUCAUGCAAAUUAUUUUAAUAGCAAUUUUUAGUAAAUUGCUUAUUGUGGAAUGUAAGCCAUAUUUAUCUAAAAGAGAUCCUGUUUUGGCCAAUAAUUUAGAAAAUGUCGAUGAAAAUAUUGUUAACGAGGUUCAGCACGAUGAUUUUCCAAUGGUUGUUUCGAAACGAGCUGCCAUGCUGUUGGAUCGCUUGAUGGUCGCCCUGCACCACGCUCUGGAAGACGAAGACGGAAAUCCCCGUAAAAUCAACGAAGUUUAUCGUGACGGUAGUUUCUAUGCCACAACACAAACGCUCGGGAACAAAGGUAAAUUAGCUUCAGCUCAUCCCACAAUUGCACGUCCACGGGCAUCGCCAUUGCAUCAACGUCCGACCCUCCAUCAACAGUUGACGGAGACGCAAAAACAACAACUCGCUAAGAAUCAUAAAAAAUUACUUUCUUUGUUGCAAUCUUCCUCCUCUUCCUCUUCUCCUGCUUUGCUUGGACCGUCACCCGAUGAAUUUCCAUCUUCUUCGCAUGACGAAAACGUUUUUUAUGUUGUUGUUAAAGGUGAUCCUGGACUAGCUGAAGACGCCGAAGGACUCGAGGGUGGCAUGACGCCGAGCCAAAUUGCUGUUGGUGGUGCCGAGUUACUCUUGAACGAUCCAGCCAAUAUGGGCUUGCAACGAAGAGGACACGAAGCUCUCGGCCCGAAUAAAGGUCGUGUUUACUGGAGAUGUUACUUUAACGCUGUCACAUGUUUCUAACCUAAUUAAAGAAAAAAAGACCAAGAAAGAUCUAGACUCGUUAUAAAUUUUAAGAUAUAAAUUAAAAAAAUAAUAAAAAUAUUUGUUGGCUGGACUUUUUCAGUUAUAAAAUCGCCCAAAAAAAUUAUUAAAAAAAGAAGGAUGGCGAUAAAUUUUUAUUAACUAAAAGAAAAUGUCGUAAAAGUGUUCCAGUGGGACCAGAUAAGGUUGUUAAAAAACUACUUUCCGUUAUUAUUAAAUAAGUAGCGAAAUUGGAUUCUUGUUUAUUUUUGUUGAAUUGAGGAACAAAUUGUUGUUCGUGAGCCCCUUAAACCAUUUUACAACGCUUUAUUGAAUUAC